AAGGCUAUCAGAUGGAUAUUGGGUUCCAUGGAUGAUGGUGACAUCAACAUAUCUGCUUACGACACAGCAUGGGUUGCUCUUGUUCAAGAUGUUAAGGGAAGUGGUGUCCCACAAUUCCCUUCCAGUCUCGAAUGGAUAGUGAACAACCAGCUUCCUGAUGGUUCAUGGGGUGAUCAUCAAGUUUUCUCUGCUCACGAUAGAAUCAUAAAUACGUUAGCUUGUGUUAUUGCACUAAAAACAUGGAAUAUACAUCCUGAAAAGUGCGAGAAAGGGCUGGCAUUUUUCAGAGAAAACAUCGGCAAGCUCGAGGAUGAGAAUGCCGAGCACACAACAAUUGGUUUUGAGGUUGCUUUCCCGUCACUUCUGGAUAUAGCCCGUGAUCUGAACAUUGAAGUGCCAGAUGAUUCUCCAGUCCUGAAGCAAAUCUUGGCAAUGAGAAAUGUAAAGCUGACCAGAAUACCAAGGGAGAUGAUGCAUAAAGUGCCCACAACACUGCUUCAUAGCUUGGAGGGCAUGUCAGGAUUGGAUUGGAAGCAGCUUCUAAAAUUGCAGUGUAAAGAUGGGUCUUUCUUGUUUUCUCCCUCCUCCACUGCCUUCGCUCUUAUGCAGACUCAUGAUCAAAAUUGCCUCAACUACUUGAAUAAAGUAAUCACUAAGUUCAAUGGCGGAGUUCCAAACGUGUACCCAGUGGAUUUGUUCGAACAUAUUUGGGUCGUUGAUAGGCUGGAGCGCCUCGGAAUAUCCAGAUUUUUUAAGCAAGAAGUAGAGGACUGUGUCAGCUAUGUUCAUAGGUAUUGGACUGAUAAGGGCAUUUGUUGGGCUAGAAAUUCAAACGUUCAGGAUAUUGAUGACACGGCAAUGGGAUUCCGAAUGCUAAGAUUGCAUGGCCGAGAAGUUUCAGCUUAUGUGUUUAAGAACUUUGAGAGAAAUGGUGAGUUCUUCUGCAUUGCUGGGCAGUCAACACAAGCGGUUACAGGAAUGUUCAAUUUGUAUAGGGCUAGUCAAGUAGGGUUUCCAGGAGAGAAGAUACUGGAGGAUGCAAAGAAGUUCUCAGCCAAAUUUCUGAGUGAGAAAAGAGCAGCAAAUGAGCUCAUAGACAAAUGGAUCAUCAUGAAGAACUUACCUGGAGAGGUGGCUUAUGCAUUGGACAUGCCAUGGUAUGCAAGCCUACCUCGAAUAGAGACAAGGUUUUAUAUUGAUCAAUAUGGUGGUGACACUGACGUCUGGAUUGGCAAAACUCUUUAUCGGAUGGGGAAGGUGAGUAAUAACAAUUAUCUUGAGCUAGCAAAGUUAGAUUACAACAACUGCCAAGAACUGCAUCAGACAGAAUGGAGGAAUAUUCAACAGUGGUACUCAGAAUGCAGACUGGGAGAGUUUGGAUUGAACAGAAGAUCUCUUCUGAUUGCUUAUUUUGUGGCAGCAUCCAGCAUAUUUGAGCCCGAAAGGUCUUCAGAGCGAAUUGCAUGGGCCAAAACAGUAGCCUUGGUCGAUACCAUCACAACUUAUGUUAGUGAUGAAGAAAUGAGGAAUGCUUUUUUGGAGAAAUUCUACUACUACAUCAAUGGAGGAGGAGACUUCUCUAUUGGCUGGAGGUUGAAUAGGUACAAAACAGGGCAGGGACUAGUGGAGGCUUUGGUUGGAACCAUAGAUCAACUCUCUUGGGAAACUCUUCUAUCUCAUGGUCAUAAAAUUGGCCGUGACGUGCAACACAGUUGGCAAAAGUGGCUUUCAAGUUGGCAUGGUGGAGGAGACAACAGGGAAGGACAAGCAGAGCUUUUGGUGCAAAUAAUUAACCUAAGCGCAGGCCACAGAAUAUCAGAGGAACCACUGUUCGAUCAUCAAUACCAGCAUCUACUUCAUCUCACAAAUACUGUAUGUUACAGACUCCGAUGUCAUCAAAAGGACAAGGUCAGUGACAGAGUAAGCAUUAUGCCUCAAGACAAAUGCUACUUUCCAAGUCCUCUUUAACUCAUUCUUUUUACUUUCCCCGAUUUCUACAGCCAAAAAAACACAAGCUUGUGUUUCUAUUUCUAGUGCCUAUUAACUCUACUUGCUCACACAUUGCUAUUUGAAUUAUUAGUAAAGUGAACUCAGCAUCUUUAAAGUAAAGAGAUUGCAGCAAUUGCCAUUAGUGCACUAUCUUCAGCUUUCACCAACCCAUAAUUGAACCUUCCUCGUGAACACAAUAAAAGCACUUGUGUCAAUCAAAGGAUGAGGUGUUCAGCAUAAGUACUGCGUCAUCUUUCAAAUAAUAUUUCGUCUUUUAGUAUAGCUGUCCAUCUUUCCGUCUUCAAAAGUUUGGUGAACUCAAUUAUAUCCCACCUUGCCAAGAAAAUGCAGGAAAGAGAAGGAAAAUAAGAACUUUCUUUUCCCAUUUUCAUUUUCUGAAGUUUUCCUUUGGUUCCGAACCCUUCAGGCCCACGAGACUGGAAGUAGCAGUACGAAGUACAGCAUCAGCACCACAGAAACAGAGGCAAAGAUGCAAGAACUUGUGCAAAUGGUGCUUCAAAAAUCUUCUAGUGACAUUGAUUCCAAUAUCAAGAACACUUUCCUCACAGUAGCCAAUAGUUUUUACUACGAAGCUUUCUGCGAUGAAAGAACUAUCAACUUCCACAUUGCCAAAGUUCUCUUUGAGAAAGUCAUUUAAUCAUUUGUCUGUCGCCUGCCAUGA